CGCCCGCAGCCCGGGCCCCGCCUUCCGCUGUCCGGGGAGGGAGCUGCGAGGACGAGGGCGGCGGCCAGCCCCGGGAGGCAGGCGGGCAGGUGGACAGGAGGGCAAGGACAGCUCCGCGAGCCCCCUACAACUCGUUUCCUUCCGUUCACCUUCGCAGGGCGGCGACUGGCGGUGCGAUGGACCUGACCGGGCUCCUGCUGGACGAAGAAGGCACCUUCUCCCUCGCCGGCUUCCAGGACUUCACGUUCCUCCCAGGACACCAGAAGCUGAGUGCCCGGAUCCGAAGGAGGCUCUACUAUGGCUGGGACUGGGAAGCCGACUGUAGCCUGGAGGAGCUCUCCAGCCCGGUGGCAGACAUUGCUGUGGAACUGCUCCAGAAGGCAGCCCCCAGCCCUAUUCGCCGACUCCAGAAGAAAUACGUAGCUCAUGUGUCCCGGGAGGCAUGUAUCUCCCCGUGUGCUAUGAUGCUGGCUCUGGUGUACAUUGAACGGCUCCGCCACCGAAACCCAGACUACCUGCAGCACGUGUCAUCCUCUGACUUGUUCUUGAUCUCCAUGGUAAGACACCCCCUUCCCAUCUCCCUAGAGAGCCAGGAGCUUGCUGUGAAUUCUGCUCCACCACUUCUGGUUCCUCUGCAGAUGGUGGCCAGUAAGUACCUCUAUGAUGAAGGGGAGGAGGAGGAGGUCUUCAAUGAUGAAUGGGGAGCUGCUGGGGGUGUGGCCGUGCCCACUCUCAAUGCCUUGGAGAGGGGCUUCCUGAGUGCCAUGGAUUGGCAUCUCUACACUGACCCUCGGGAGAUCUUUGAGGUGCUGAGCUGGUUGGAGAGCUGUGUGGCUGAGCAGCAGGGACAGCGGCGAGGCUGGUACACCUACACAGACCUGUGUGUGCUGCUGGAGCAGCCAACCUGGCAGUUGGCCCUGGGCUCCCUCUGCCAGCGGCUGGUAAAGCUGUCCUGCCUGUUAGCUGUGGCAUAUGUGAGCAGCGUGGCCCUGGCUGUGGCAUCGGUGGCCGUAAUACAUCAGUCACUGGGGCUGUCCUGCACCCCUGCACCUGGGCCGCCUGACCUUGGACUGACCUCCCAUUGCCUCCUGGAGCCCUGCAUACCUUCUGUGCCACAAUGCCUGCUGUCUCCCGCUAAUGUCUCCAGCUGCCUGAAAGGCAGCACAGGGCUGCGGUCACUCUGGGGCAGUGUUCUGGCCUCACUGACUCCUCCACCAUUGCCUCCCCCAGAUCCCCCUGCCCCUCCCACUCUUCUUCAUAACUGCCACCUUUGCCAGAAGCUCCAGAGAGACUCCCCAACCUGCCAUGCCUGCCACCACCCCAACCAUACAGUCCCCACUGUGCUGUCCAACCCCUGGUACCAUACCUAUGGCCUGGCUCCCCACUGGCCUUGGAGCCCAGUGCCCCCGUCACUUCCUCAGCCUCAGCAGUGUUCCCUUUUCAGUGUCAUGGAGCUGGCUCGCCUCAAGUCUUUCAUUUUCCCAGGCUAGGUAGGCCUGCGAGGAAUGCAUUAAGAGGGUUUGGGAGUUUCCGAGAACCUGGAGGAGCAAAGCUUGAUUUAGAACCUGUCUGCCUCUCUGGGUCCUUGGCAGGUCCCCUGUCCUCCUGGGUGGGAGCUUACGGGGUGGUGGGGCAGAAGGACUGAAGGUCAUUCACUCCUAGAUCUCAGUGGCUGGCUGCUUGGCCAGGACAGUGAUGGCGCCAGGGAGAACUUCCGCUUGGUGACCAGGGACAUGUCCCAGAUGGACACAGGAGAAGCCCCUCUCUGCCUCCCUGGGAUUUUCUAGACUUUUACUUUUGAGUUCCCUAGGAUGGAAGGGUAUAGGUGGGAGAUAAGGGAAGUGUGGGGUGAGAGGAGAAGGGAUAUGUUGGCAUGGGCCCGUGUGAAUGUCCCUGAAGCAGAAGAGCCAGGGACUGAUGGGGUCAGGUGGGAGCUGCUGGGUGAGGCAGGGAACCUUUUCACUCCCAUUCCUUAGCUUUAGUCUAAUGGAGCCAAGGACUGCUGGGACCUUCAACCCUGACCUUUUGUCUUCCAGUCUUCUCUUAGUGUCCUGCUCCUAGGUUCCCUUCUCUUCUGGUUCCUCUCCCGGGUGUUCUCUUCCCAGGCCUCUCUGGCCACUGCUUUGUAUCAGGGUUUUUCACGCUUUUGUAGAACUGAGGUUUCAAUAAACAGUUUCAGUUGCA